AUGGCGGCGACAACUCCAUACAAACGCGAAUCGCCCUUCCUUCAUCGGGUCUGGAAGAGUGCAGUCGACUUCAAGAUGGGCUUCAGGUUAUCAUCAGGAAAUGGCGACAAGCCGGCUGGCGGUGACCACACUCGGCCGACAAAACGGCGUCGCAUCAUGGAGGAUCCGCCAGAGCCCAACUCUGCCGAGUGCUUAAGCCAGAUGUUUCAAGAGCCCCCUGGCGACUUCGAGAAGGCACUUCGCAUUGAGGUGCUCAGGAUUGGGCGCGACAAUAGUCCUGGUCCCAUUAUCAACGGCUUUCUGAAUGGUCACGGCUCACCAACGAAGAGGGAAAGCCCUCUCAUCAAAGCCCGUUGCAAAAUCUCAAUUUUUCGAUGGAAACCCAAGGUGGAGAUGCGCAUUCUCCACUGCGACAGCCAGACUUGCAAUGUCAAGGUGCUGCGCGAUCCAGAUGAUGUCUGUCGGACGGCUAGGAUUUACCUCCCCCAGCCGUUUCAUAUUGCGGUCGAUAAGAUCUACAUCGAACGCGACGACGACCAAGGCUUCAAUCUGGCCGAUCGCUAUCUCAUUCAGGCUGAGCUUGAGUCCACAGGCGACCCCAACUGGCCGCCAAUGGAUCUCCUGCAUGGUGAAGAGAAUCGCAAACCCUCGCCAGGUCCGCCCCGACAGUGGGUUUUCUCAUCACAAUUCGUCUACAAGUAUGCCAAAGGCCGUAUGACCAAUUUUGUUGUGCUUAGAAAAUGUACGGGGAAUGAGACAGAAACUGGCCUGAAAAUGGAUAUGGAUUUGCGUUGGUCGACUUUCAGUGCUGUGGGCAGUGCUUUGAGACCAUCGGAAGAGGAUGCACCAGCGGAAGUCAAGGCGACAAACGGCCCGUUGAAACCGCUGACCAAUGGCCAUGUCAACGGACGGGUGGAAAGUCUCACAAAUGGGCAUGAAAAAGAUCAAUCAGAGGGGUUGAUGGACGACGAGGAAGAUGGCGAUGGCGAAGCAACAACGCCAAGCAGGUCUCUCAGGAUAAGAGGUAAACAACAAAACUACAACCUAAAGCUGUUGAGCGACAAAGCCCGAGGCAAGGAAAAGAAGGAACGGAAGAAGCGGAAGGCCGGGGAUAGCCUCUCAGAAAGCGGUCAAAUAACGUGGAUAUUGCCCGCCAAUGGUCGUGUCACUCUGGAAAACUGGUCCUGCGUGAGAUGUUUCGCAUCGCAUACCUCUUUCGAAAUGUUGAAGAUGCACUUGGAAGACAACAAGGCUCAUUCCGAGUUCAAAUUCGCUUUCGAUUACAGCCCAAGAAGCGGUUGGAGAAUCGGCCUUUCCCGUCAUGGACAGGAAACUCCUCGGUCCAUCAGGACAUCAGAACUGUUGGAACCACCUAGUCCGGAUGAUCGUGAGAGCGACACAGGAGAAGAGCUGUCUCCACAGAAGCCCAGAGAGCGGCCAAGACCAAAACUGGUCCACCGGCGGCCCACCCCAGUGAAGCCAAGAGAAACCAAACAGCUUAUACCGAACAACAAUCAACAGCUGUUUGACAGGCUGAGCAAAGCCUUGCUAGAGCCCAACAGCCGUGUUGAUGAACCCGUGGUGGACAACACAUGGCUCAUGCAAAAGCACAGAGACAUUAUUCGUGACUACAGUGAUGUGCUUCCUGACGAGAAGGAGUAUAUUUCAGAAUGGGAUGCUUUCGCUAUUCGAGAAAGAACAUCUCUGGGGCCACAUGUGCAGGAAGUCUACUUAGAUUUCCUGCGAGAGAAAGGCACUUGGUUGGCCGCUUCUCAGAGUCGCAUGAACGAAGCCAUGAAACAUCUAGCAUAUCUGAAGGCAAGGGAAGUUCUCACAGAAGAGACCGUUCGCACAGCGCUAGAAAUUACGAGAAAUGCAAGAGCUCAUGGUGGCAGCGAUUUGCCUGAGCCGACGAUCAACACGACGUCACCAAGAAUUCGUUACCGGCACUCUGCUUCAGGGUGUGUGGUGUGCGGGCAGCCGGCCUCUGGGCCAAACAUGCUCAUUUGCGCCAAUUUGAAUUGUGAUAGACCCCUGUAUCAUACUGGCUGCAUGUCCACUGACGCAAAGAUGCCCGUCACCAGUCGCGAAUGGAAAUGUAACGACUGUUGCGGGAAAGAGACCGACGCAUAG